GGGGGCUGGGAAAGGGGCGUGGAAUAAACCAACAUCACAGGCUAAUGCAGCUUCCCAUCAUGCCAUUUAAUCUCCCUUUUUGGUCUGUUUGACCGUCGCCCGGUUUGCCUUCAUCCGUCCUGUCAAACCGACUGGAUCUGCUGUCUGUGUCCGCCAGCGGGAUGAAACCGACAUAGUGAUAACGGAGCAUCCCCCCCGCGUCCUCCUGUCCACGAGCGGAGCUUUGCUCCCACUCUCCUACCGACGGAGAUAUGAGACAUCCACUGCUCGAUGCAGCCCUGACAUUGUGGCUAUUUGUAGAGUGUGUAGAAGCGAAAAAGUACUGCUGGUAUUUCGAAGGUGGAUACCCCAUCUACUUCAUAUGCCGUUCCUACGAGGACUGCUGUGGGACUCGCUGCUGUGUGAGAGCCCUGUCCAUCCAAAGACUAUGGUACUUCUGGGUGCUGCUGAUGAUGGGAGUGUUGUUCUGCUGUGGUGCAGGCUUCUUCAUUCGCAGAAGGAUGUACCCGUCUCCUUUGAGAGACGAGCCAGCCUUCAAUGUCUCCUUCACUAGGCACCCUGUUACCACACCAGUUUCCCAGCAGCCAGGGAGCAUGCAGGGCUUCGGGGUGAAUGGAUUGGCAGGAGGCGACCCAGGGGUUACCAUGACACACCCACCGUACCCGCCACAGCCUGGCUCCACCCACAUGAUGAUGGGUUCCUAUCCGCCACCUCCGUCGUACUGCAACCAUCCUCCACCAUCCUACGAACAAAUAUUUAAAAACAGCGACAAGAAGUGAUGUCUGCAAGGACUCGAGGAUGAAACGAAAUAAGGGAAUGUGGCACUGAGGCUGAAUCAUCAGGAUGUUUAGACACACAGGGACACGUGCCAGUGGACAGCGUUUUUUUGAUGUAAAAACUGGAAGACACACACUCUCCUCCCAUGUGGAAAAGACUGAAAAAGCACAGUAACCAGUCACUCAUUCACCAUUUCCUUUCUAGCUCACACUACACACAAACACAUUCAUCUGAGGCCUCCUUUUUCUGAAUCCACAUGUAUGUACCAGCUUUCUGAACUGACGAUAAGUGAGGAUGGACGGAGUAAGUCGGAGGUUUCAUUCAGUAUCUCGCUCAGAAAAAGAAACUGCCAUGUGCAUUCAACAUUUUGAUUUUUAAAGGUUCUUCUUCUAUUAGGAAAACUGAAAAUACUGACAGCGAGCUCCAUAAUUAUAAAAAGGUCAGUUAGAAAAUGCCUUCUGUAGCCAGCAUUUUAGUGCAACAGCUCUUUACAUAACGAUCCAUUUUAUGUUACAGAUGUUUUUCCCAGUCAUGUAAAGACAUAACGAGCAGGCAGCGGCUCCUUUUCCUGAAAGCAGUGACAUUUUCGCCUCAACACAAUUUAUGUUCUCACUCUUUUCAUCAGCGUCAGAUGUCGAUUCUUAGUGCGAGGACAAACGAGAGGGCGUGUCACUUCUCUGAGUUUCACUGAGAUGAGCUCUUUGGGUAAAUGUGUGUGCCUGAGAGGCAGCACAUGUGUAAGAGCAGGAACACCUACUGUUGUUUUGGGAGCAGUGUUUGUAUACUCAUUCAAAAAAGUCAUGCAUCACAUCAUUUGUCAUGCUACUCGCUACAUUAAUUUUGCAUUACUCACCAACAUGGCCUGUAGUACACCAUUAAGUUAACAUAUAUACCUUAGCCCGCAGUCCCACUGACACAAGAACACACAAGGUGUUUUUUUGUUGUGUUUGACUGCUCGUCUGUGCUUUUGUCGAAGUCAAAAGUCAAGCUUGGUUGGGGUCAGUAUGCGUUCAGUUUUACAUCAUUCUGGGUUCUGUUGUUUUGACUACAUUUAUUGGCCUUUCUUUGUCAGGUAAUUAAAACAGUUACAUCCCAGUUUAGAGUAAAAGAUGGUACUGUGUGUGUCUGUGGGACAGCAGUGAUAUGUCUUUUCCAUCAUCGUAAAAUUCAGUCUAGCCUGAUUUCUUACAGACUGUCAGGUUGUCAGACAACACAAAGGCAGAUUUAACAGUGUAUCCGUGAAAGCAGAAAAACUUAUUCAGAAGACACAGCAGCACACCAGAACACUGACAUAACCACUGCAACAACAUAUGCCAGUUCAGAACUGCUGAAUGCGGGAUGUGGAUGGUAGCAUUUUCCAUGGCUGUGUGACGGAUGGUGCAGCAUCGGAGAUGCAGCAGCGAUGCUCUUCUAUCCUCUGUCAGACCUGCUGAGUCACUGUGUGUGCAGAGCACAGGCGCAUCUAGGAAACCAUCACUUGCAUUCAUCUUAUUUGAGGAUGUUAAUGGUCCAUAUACUCUGCAAAUGUGACCUUCCUCUAUUUAACAAGCUUUUUGCUACGAUGCUCAUUUUUCCAUAACAUUGCUGCAACAUGCAUCAAUCCUUAGUUUGCACAUUUUUAUUAAAACCCCUAAAAUUAGAGCUGCAGAUUUAUAAAAUACAUGGACCUAAAUUAUUAUUUAGCAAUUCUUGAUUAUUUAUGCGCAGUAAAAUUUGAUUUGAUGCUUGUUCAAAUGAUUUAUUCUUGCACAACCUCUGGUACCUGAUGAUGAAGAUAAAUGGAAUUAUGUAUUAUUGAUGCUGUGGUUUUAAUUCUGGCUCAGUGUGUUUGCAUGAGAGUGGCGGGCAGAUCUCAGGCUGUCUCUGAGUGUUAAAUAGUUAAAUGCUGCCGAAUGUCCAUCAGUCCUACAUGUUGAAGCAUGCAUGCCCUGCUAGUGUUAUAUUUUUUUAAUCAGGCAGGGGAUCUGAACACUGUGUUUUAUCUGGUUAUUUCACACUGAGUGAUGUUCCUUUAAAGGAUGUAUGUGACAGUAAGUGCACACUAAAAUGGGACGUUAGCAGUAUUGGGGCACAGUGUACAGGAACCAUGCAACAUUAUAUGCUGUAGAAUGCAUCGAGCUAAAACCACGAUGGUCAGUAAACCUCAGAGCCAGCAGCAGCACAAGGCAGCUGAUCACAAUCUGCACACAAAGAACAUAAAACAAGUGAUGCUCUAAGUAGUGUUUUGAACACUGGGACAUGCUCAUUAGUUCACAUGAACCUGUCUGUGAGCAUAAUAUGGUUUGCCCAUCAGUGUCAGCACUGAGCAGGGCUCCACGAUUUGAUCUACAAUAUUAUCUGUCCAAAGUCAUGUUCAGUGUAACACACAGUGUCACAGCACUAAUUCAUGAUUUGUGAUGACAUCAAAGACAUAUUGUACAUUUACAAGGAUAAGAACCUUUCCUUAUUGCCUUUUGUCAAACCAUUCACUGUUCGGUAUGCUAAUGAUAUUCCAGACUCACUGUAUACAUAUUCUGACACAUACUCUGAAUAAUUAUGGCUGAAUAUAACGAAAAUUUGGAAAAGGUGAUUUUUUUCCCCCCCUUUUUGGUAUUGUAGGUACUCUCAGCAGAGUAUGUACUGAGGCUGUAGCUCAUUCACUGCUGAAGAAGCAGGAAACCCACAAGCACAGCAAAAACUGCAGUAAUCUACUUUAGGUUGUUUCAGGUAGCGACACACAUCAAACUUUUGCUUGACAGACAGAUGCGUAAACCACUUUGACAUGGAGCCACUAUAACUGGUUAUAGUGGAACUAGAAUUCUGAAAAAAGUCAGAAUUCUGUCCUCAAACUCGAAAUUCUGAGUUUAAACUCAGUAUUCAGAAUUCUGAGUGUUAAGUCAGAAUUCUGA